AAUCACUUCGUCUCCUUCGACACAGCUAAGUUGAAUUAACAUAAUCAGAAACCCUAGAGCUCUCCUUUAGAGCCGGCCAAAAUGUCGAAACGAGGACGUGGAGGUACGUCUGGUAACAAAUUCAGGAUGUCACUUGGUCUUCCCGUAGCAGCAACAGUGAACUGUGCAGACAACACAGGAGCUAAGAACCUUUACAUCAUUUCGGUUAAAGGAAUCAAAGGUCGUCUCAAUCGGUUACCUUCUGCUUGCGUUGGUGAUAUGGUUAUGGCCACAGUCAAGAAAGGUAAACCAGAUCUUAGGAAAAAGGUUCUUCCUGCUGUGAUUGUUAGGCAGCGCAAGCCUUGGCGCCGAAAGGACGGUGUUUUCAUGUACUUUGAAGAUAAUGCGGGAGUGAUUGUGAAUCCUAAGGGAGAAAUGAAAGGUUCUGCGAUUACUGGACCGAUUGGGAAAGAGUGUGCGGACCUCUGGCCAAGGAUUGCAAGUGCUGCUAACGCCAUCGUCUAAUCACUUUGCUGGUUAUCUUCUUCAACAAAACUCAACGUAUUUUGAAAACGAAUCUUUAUGUUUUGGUUGUUUUGAAGUAGAGAGACGAGAAUCUUUUGUGUGCUUUUAGACAUGGUUUGUAAGAGAUUCUGUUAGUUUUUUCAUGUUUCUGGUUUACAUGAAACGCUUCAUCUUUUGAUGUAAGUUAAAGAAAGCUCAGUCUACAUUGAUUACAAUGGGGUUGAAGUUUUAAA